GUUGAAGGAUGUGGCUUGUUCUGUUUGGAUGAUGUAGGAUUGCUUUAAGCAGUAAGCUUACUGUUUUCAGAUGGCAUUAGCAGCAUCAGUGAUAUAGCUGUGUCAGCCUCCUUGACUACUGGAUGUCUGUAAUCGCACAGAGGAAACUAUAUUUAAGAUCUGCUAUCUUGAGGGUAAUGACUCCAGCACUUACUGAUGGACAGAAUGGCUGUUAAUGCUUUCUUCACUAGCUCAGAAGAUUUUGAAAGAUGUGAUGUACUUUUGUAAGACAGGAAAUGCAAUUUUUGGGGGUCUCUGGAAAUAAAAAGGUCAUGCAGCUUGGAACCGGUGAGACAUUACAGUCUCUAAGUCAUCAGAUGGGGAAGCUGAGGCACAGAGAUUAAGUGACUUUCCCAAGGCCACACAGCAAGUCAGUGGUGGCAGAUCCAGGAUUAGCACUCGAGAACUUCCUGGAUCCCUCUCCCAUGCUUUAAGCAGUAGACCACAGUGUUCACUGGACUCAGCAAGCAACUCAUUGCAAUAAUGGACAGUUCCAAGGACUCAUACCUGCGAAAUGAUGAAGAGGCUGUUGUGGACAGAGGUGGAACUCGCUCCAUUCUAAAAACACAUUUUGAAAAGGAAGAUCUAGAAGGCCAUCGAACAUUGUUCAUUGGAGUUCAUGUGCCACUGGGUGGAAGAAAAAGUCACCGACGCCAUAGGCACCGUGGACAUAAACACAGAAAGAGAGACAGAGAACGAGAUUCAGGAUUAGAAGAUGGGAGAGAGUCUCCUCCUUUUGAUACCCCAUCACAAAGGGUGCAGUUUAUUCUUGGAACAGAAGAUGAUGACGAGGAACACAUUCCUCAUGAUCUCUUUACUGAGCUUGACGAAAUUUGUUGGCGUGAAGGAGAGGAUGCGGAAUGGAGGGAGACAGCAAGGUGGUUGAAGUUUGAAGAAGAUGUAGAGGAUGGUGGAGAGAGAUGGAGCAAACCAUACGUCGCCACACUGUCACUUCAUAGCUUGUUUGAGCUGAGAAGCUGUAUCCUGAAUGGCACAGUUCUUUUGGACAUGAGAGCCAACUCCAUAGAAGAAAUUGCAGAUAUGAUUCUGGACCAACAGGUGGGUUCUGGGCAGCUCAGUGAGGAUGUUCGUCACAGAGUGCAUGAGGCAUUGCUGAAACAGCAUCACCAUCAGAACCAAAAGAAGCUGAGCAACAGGAUCCCAAUUGUAAGAUCCUUUGCUGAUAUUGGAAAGAAGCAGUCUGAGCCCCAUUCCAUGGAUAAAAAUGCAGGUCAGGUUGUUUCCCCACAGUCUGCUCCAGCCUGUAUUGAAAACAAAAAUGAUGUGAGCAGAGAAAACAGCACUGUUGACUUCAGCAAGGUUGACCUACACUUCAUGAAAAAGAUACCACCUGGAGCUGAAGCAUCAAACAUCUUAGUUGGUGAACUGGAGUUCCUGGACCGUGCGGUUGUUGCUUUUGUUAGGUUAUCUCCUGCAGUGCUGCUUACGGGGCUAGCUGAAGUUCCAAUCCCAACAAGAUUUUUGUUUAUUCUUCUUGGACCACUGGGUAAAGGGCAACAAUACCAUGAGAUUGGAAGAUCAAUUGCAACAUUAAUGACUGAUGAGGUGUUCCAUGAUGUUGCUUACAAAGCAAAAGACCGCAAUGACUUGGUGUCUGGAAUAGAUGAGUUUCUUGAUCAGGUUACUGUUCUUCCUCCUGGAGAGUGGGACCCAACAAUUCGAAUAGAACCACCUAAAAAUGUUCCCUCUCAGGAGAAGCGUAAGAUCCCAGGAGUGCCAAAUGGAACAGCAGCCCAUGGGGAUGCAGAACAACCUGGAGGACACUCUGGACCAGAACUGCAACGCACUGGAAAAUUUUUUGGAGGAUUGAUUUUAGAUAUAAAAAGAAAAGCUCCCUUCUUCUGGAGUGACUUCAGGGAUGCUCUCAGUCUGCAGUGUCUGGCAUCAUUUUUAUUUCUCUACUGUGCUUGCAUGUCCCCUGUCAUCACGUUUGGUGGUCUGCUGGGAGAAGCAACUGAAGGUCGUAUAAGUGCGAUAGAAUCACUGUUUGGAGCAUCUAUGACUGGAAUUGCCUACUCUCUCUUUGGUGGACAGCCUCUCACUAUACUUGGCAGCACUGGACCAGUUUUAGUGUUUGAGAAGAUCUUGUUCAAAUUUUGCAAAGAGUAUGGGUUGUCGUACCUUUCUCUGAGAGCUAGCAUUGGUCUGUGGACUGCAAUCCUGUGCAUCAUCCUUGUUGCAACUGAUGCAAGCUCCCUAGUCUGCUACAUUACCCGGUUUACUGAAGAAGCUUUUGCUUCUCUUAUCUGCAUAAUUUUCAUUUAUGAGGCCUUAGAGAAGCUCUUUCAUCUCAGUGAGACAUAUCCAAUCAACAUGCAUAAUGAUUUGGAUCUGCUGACAAAGUACUCAUGUAAUUGUAUGGAACCAGAACAUCCUAGCAAUAAAACCUUACAAUACUGGCAGGACUACAAUAUAUCUGCGUCCGAUGUGCCAUGGGGGAACCUAACUGUGUCAGAAUGUAAAAAGUUCCAUGGAGAGUUUGUUGGACGAGCCUGCGGUCAUCACGGCCCUUAUGUUCCCGACGUCCUCUUCUGGUCUGUCAUCUUAUUCUUUUCUACAGUAACGCUGUCAUCCACACUGAAGCAGUUCAAAACUAGUCGAUACUUCCCAACAAAGGUACGAUCUGUUGUCAGCGAUUUUGCUGUCUUUCUCACUAUUUUGUCCAUGGUCUUAAUUGACUAUGCCAUUGGGAUUCCAUCACCAAAACUUCAGGUUCCAAAUGCUUUUAAGCCCACCAGAGAUGAUCGUGGCUGGUUUAUUACUCCUUUGGGGCCAAAUCCUUGGUGGACAGUGAUAGCUGCUGUAAUUCCAGCCCUGCUUUGUACUAUCCUUAUCUUUAUGGACCAGCAGAUCACGGCUGUCAUUAUCAAUAGGAAAGAACACAAACUAAAGAAAGGAUGCGGAUACCAUCUCGACCUACUCAUGGUGGCAGUCAUGCUUGGAGUGUGCUCUAUCAUGGGAUUGCCGUGGUUUGUUGCAGCCACUGUCCUCUCCAUUUCACACGUGAAUAGCUUAAAACUGGAAUCUGAGUGUUCCGCUCCCGGGGAGCAGCCAAAAUUUCUUGGAAUCCGGGAGCAGAGAGUCACGGGGCUCAUGAUUUUUAUCCUUAUGGGCUCAUCCGUCUUUUUGACAAGUAUCCUGAAGUUUAUUCCAAUGCCAGUACUUUAUGGAGUAUUUCUUUACAUGGGUGCUUCAUCUCUAAAGGGAAUUCAGCUUUUUGACAGGAUAAAGUUAUUCUGGAUGCCUGCAAAGCAUCAGCCAGAUUUUAUUUAUCUGAGGCAUGUUCCUCUUAGAAAGGUCCAUCUCUUCACUGUAAUUCAGCUGAGUUGUCUUGUGCUUCUGUGGAUUAUAAAGGUUUCAAGAGCUGCCAUUGUCUUUCCUAUGAUGGUUCUAGCUUUGGUAUUUGUCCGAAAACUCAUGGAUUUCUUUUUUACUAAGCGGGAGCUCAGCUGGUUAGAUGAUUUGAUGCCUGAGAGCAAGAAAAAGAAACUGGAAGAUGCUGAGAAAGAGGAAGAACAAAGUAUGUUAGCAAUGGAAGAGGAAGGGACUGUUCAGUUACCACUAGAAGGACAUUACAGAGAUGACCCAUCUGUGAUAAACAUUUCUGAUGAAAUGGCAAAAACUGCUGUGUGGAAGACAUUGUUGAUAUCCUCAGACAAUGCAAAAGAUAAGGAGUCAAGCUUUCCUUCUAAAAGUGCUGAAAUCAGAAAAGAGAAGAAAGCUGACUCAGGGAAAGGUGUUGACCGGGAGACUUGUCUAUGAUGUGUACUUCAAUUAAUUUUUUUACAAAUGAAUGAAAGGAGUGCCACAACCACUAAAUAUAAAUGAUUUGAGCUUGUAACUUUUGUCUUUCAUCUCAAACUAGCACAGGUAAUGUAGUGCAAUAUUAGUCUCAUUUCAUCAAUGUCUACAUUGUCUAGUAUCUGUGUGAAAGUCUGCAGUAGCCAAUGCAAAAAAUCUUCAUGUUCUUUGCUGAUAUUGGCCAUUUAUCAGUAUUCGUAUCAUAAAUUUAACAAACAAAUUUUCUUUCAAAUUCAAUUUUCCUGUUAAUAGGUUUGUACUGUAUUUUGCUACUUUUUCUGUGUGAAAAUACUUAACAAUCUUCAUUCAUGAUGAACUUGAAAACACUUGUUCCAAUUAUUAUUAUUUUUUUUAAAUCACCUGAGUAAAUGACUUCAGGAGACCCAAACUGACAAGCAAACAUUAAAGAAGUUUUUAAAGUAACAACUGAUCUGACCCUGUGAACAAACUAACAAGGAUAAUCCUUUCCUUCUGAAGCUGUCCCUUUGAAGUCAUGGAUUACUCUUGCCGUGAGGAUUGCAGGGUCAGAUUCUGUAUUUGUGAGAUUUUCCUUGAUUUAAUACAGUGUAUUUAAUAUUCAAAUUUGUAUGUAACUGGAACAUAGUCAUAUAUGUAUAUAUAUAUAUAUAUAAAAAUACAAAAAUAUAUAUUAAAACGUUCUCUCACCUUAGCUGAAAAACAAAAUUACACCCCUUGAUGUGAAACAUGGGUACAGUAUUUCUUAAGAUGCAAUCUGUGAUUACAGUAUCUUGUAUUGUAUGAAUGUUGCUGUGGUAGGCUAAAUUGCAUUAUGUCAUUAAUCCAUCCAUUAUUUUAUAAUAGGAAAAAGUUUGUAGAUACUAAUUAUACCCCACAUACAGUUAUAUUAUCUGCCCAAUGAUUUUCCUCUUUAUUGCCUAAAAUACAGCCACAUAAAGGGCAUAUUUGUAUUGUCCUCUCUCUACUAACAACUGUAAACUUCUUCAUUUCGGAGACUGUGUAUCAUACUUAAAUGGGUAUCCUGCUGUUGAUUUUGCUACAGCUCUUCACUAUUCCAUCAAGUGCAUAGUGAUUAAAAGAUGAAAACAACAUUGCUAAGUAAAAUGUGGCUUUAGAGCCAUUACAAAGACAUUUUUCAUAAUGGAUAUUGUUACUGCCUGAUCCUUCAGCAGGUUCUUUUGUGUAAAACAAAGACUGCAAGAAUAACAUUAAAUUAAUAGAAAUGUCAAACAAAAGUUUUAUUGUUAUUUGGAAUUCACUAAUUUUUAUUUCUUUUUAAAGAUAAUUUUUUAAAUUAUUAAAUGAAAGCUAACUCUUAUUAUUACACUAUUACUUUGAAUCCUACAAAUACAAAUUACAGUCUUUUAAUAUUUAUAACAACUCAUCUACAGGGCUCUUACAUUCCCCAGCUUCCCAAAACGUGAUAAUCUUUCCAUAGACCUUACAUAAACAACUUUUCACAUCCAGUACAUUUAAAGUAUCCUUCUAAGUGUCUGUGUGCGUGUGAGUGUGUGUAUGUUUUACUACUUUAGCCAUACAUGAUAAUUGCAUUUUGCUGCAAACUAAUAGGGUCACUGUUCUAAAUUGGACUUGGCAUUAUUGAAGCCCAUUAAAAGGCCAUUUUUAUGGAGAGAAAAAACCCAAACCUAAUGGUUACAAAGAAGGAUUUACAUUUAAUUCAAUGUUUGUAUUUGUAAAUUUAGGAAAAAAAAUGCUGAUGCAUUAAAGUCAAAUGCUUUGUUUUGUGUACUUGAUGAUGAAAUGUAAGAUUCCAAUUGUUUUAAGGUUAGUAUAGAAGUUCAGUACUUCUGUUUGUCCCGAAAGCAGCCUGGUGGCGUUUUAAUAUGUUGCCGACUUUGUUACAGAUAACAUAUACAAUCAAAAUGUAUUAGUUUCACUUGACCAACUCUUAGAAUAUUAAGAAAUCAGUGUAUUCAAUGGCAUUCUGUAUUUCUGUUCAGUAUUUCAGAGUGGUUUUAUUUUAAAACGGUCACUCUGUUCUUGUGUGAAUUUAAAUGCUAUUCCAAUGUUAAUCUUAACAUUCUGAAAUCACACACAAUAUAAAGCAAAUGUAGUGCUAUAUUUACUUCUAAUUUCAUAUUCCUGGUCAAAAUUACUCAAUUUCUUGGAUGUAAUUUAUUACAAAAGUUUAUGUGUACAUGUGAAUAGACUAUUGUGUUUUUCACAAUUGAGAAAUGUUAUGUGAAAAUAAAUAUUUAUCCUAACUAA